AUGACGUCUCCAAACACACUGAGCACUCCGAAUCCUCUGGUCCCGGAUCCCUCGUUUACUUCAGAUAUCGUACCGCCGCCGAAUCGGACGUUGGACGAGAGCUGCAAUGCCCCCGCAUGCUCCAUUGAGCAAGCAUAUGCUGCUCGGGAUGGAGAUCCCCUCUCCGCCUGUGGUGCUCGUAUGCUGCGAGACACACCGACCAUGUCUCCGAUAAGAGAAAAAAAGCGAUCUGCGUCCGCUAGUCCUUUGAGGCUGACAAUGCCAUUCAUUACCCCGGGUCAACUUGCCUUUACUGCUAUGAACUUCCUGCCCGUACCUGUGUUGGUACUGAACAAUUUGAAGACUGUCGUUCUGGCGAACGAGGCCAUGGGGAAGUUGCUGGGUGUGGUGGAUGCUUCCCCUUUGCCGGCGGACGAUGCACUAUGCGAGAGUUUAAGAGGACAAACGCUCUCGCAAAUUGGCAUUGAUAUGAUUCAGGAUGGCAGACCAGUUUGGGUUUCUUGGGAUGCCUUCUUGGACGACUUAGUGUUUGAGAUGGGUACGAAGCAAGCCAAGGGUUCUUCAAUAUCACUUGCUAACCAUGUGAACGGCGAUUCAAAUUCAACAUCAACAUCGGAUGAGUCCAAAGCUGAUAUGUCUUCUGGCAUUUUAGGCAAGCCCGCUCUGGAUUCUGCGGUUGAUGUUGUAGUGAUGCACAAAAACGCAAAUAUGCCGGAUGGCCCUAAUUUGAAGAGAAGUGAGCGUCAAACCUUCGCGAAGAUGAUCAUUACGAUAUGGGAGAUUGAAAAUAACCAAACGUACUUUACUUUGACGUUCACCAACGCCGAGUCGUCCGCUGCGCCCACCGCCAGCAGACGAGUUCGUGUAGCUCGAGUGUCUACAUUAGAAGCCGCUGAACGAAAAUCCAUAUCAAAUUCUAAUCCCCCUUCGCUCAGCUCAGGCCAUUCGUCAAGUUCCAACCCCUUCAAUACUAGCCCUAGCUCCGUCACCGUCUCGACAAGCCAUUUUCCACCCAUGGGGCCGCCUUCCCGUCUACCCCCAUCGAGCACUCCGUCGAUCCUUCAGAAGAUGACUAUCAUUAAGGAUGCGCUUCUCGAUAAGACCGAUAUGCCGAUAUUAGCUAUGUGGAUAGAUGGUAGUUCACCAGUCAUGAACAGAGCCGCUCGCGAUCUCUUCUUAGAUACUACGGUUACCGAUGGGGAGUUUCAUGACGGGUACGAUCUACUUUCUCGGUGGGAAGUUUGGAACGGUGACUUUACAAGAAAGUAUCUGUCAUCUGAGCUACCUAUUUCUGUGCUUAUAAAGGAACGUAAACCUUUUCCCUCGUGGAGAAUAGGUAUGCACAAUAGGAAAAAGAAUUCAGACGUGGUAUACGAUGUGUUAGGGGAACUCGUUACGAAUGAUGAAACUGGAGAGGUUGUAGCAGGAAUUAUAACGUGUCGAGAUGUUACACACCUAGCUCAAGAAAUCACAGAUAUCAAGGUCGCAGAUGAAGAAAGGUUCAAACUGAUCUGUGACACGAUGCCUCAGAUGGUAUGGACGGCCACUCCCCAAGGCGUACAUGAUUUCUUCAACACCCGCUGGUACGAUUAUACGGGACUGUCACCAGAAGACUCUAUAGGCGACAGUUGGAAGCAUCCAUUCCACCCGGACGAUAUGCCUGCUCCCUGGAAAAGAUGGAAACACUGCUUAGUUACAGGGGAACCGUAUGCCGCCGAGUACCGAUGUCGAAGCAAAGAGGGUGAGUGGAGAUGGAUGCUAGGACGCGCAUUACCACUAAGAAAUAAGCAUACGGGGGCGAUUGAAAAGUGGUUCGGAACCUGCACUGAUGUGCAUGAGGCCCUCGAGGCUAAAAUGACUGCGAAGCAAACGAGAGAACAGCUCCUAAGCGUCCUUACGCACGCGCACACCACGAUCUUCUCUGUUGAUCAUGACCUUAAUGUGACAAUGCUGGAAGGUGCGUUGGCUUGGAAUACACUAGGAGAGGAUAAAGAGGGAGGAGGUUCCGAGAUAACUGAUCCACAGUCAUUUGUCGGAAAGAGUAUCGGCGAAGUGUUCACGACCUUGAAUCCACGGUUGCGGUCGGGCGAAUUCCCAGCUUUCCUGGAGCCAGCGAAGCUUAUUCUCUCCGGGGAGCGUACGUCAGAGACUGUACACGAACACACGUUGGAUAACCGCUUUUACCGUACCAGAUUUCUUCCCCAUAUUGAGAAGGUGUCUCAGGAUGGACAGAAUGCAUCUCCCGUAAUCAAAGGUGUGAUCGGUGUCAUCAUGGAUGUCACAGAGUUAAAGAAGCGAGAGCAAGAUCUAGAGGAGCAGGUUAAAGAGAAGAGGCAGUUGAAGGCAAAUGAGGCGGCAGCCAAAGAAGCGAGUCGCCUGAAGAGUCAGUUCCUAGCAAAUAUGUCUCACGAAAUUCGAACACCGAUUACGGGGGUAAUAGGUAUGGCCGAGUUACUACUUGAUUCUCCUCUGGAUGAUGAACAGAGGGAAUAUGCAGAGAACCUAAGCCGAUCUGCAAAUGCGCUCCUUACUGUCAUUAACGACAUCUUAGACUUUUCCAAAGUCGAGUCGGGUCGUCUUGAUAUUGAAGAAGUCCAAUUCUCCCUCUCAGUAAUAGUGCAGGAUGUGUCCAAGAUGUUAAGUUUCGCGGCCGAGAGAAAGAGCUUGGAUUUCCACUCUGACAUUUCAGCUGAUAUUGAGAAUGACCUCGUCGUUCUCGGCGAUCCCGGUCGUGUCCGCCAGAUUAUCACGAAUCUUCUUACCAAUAGUAUCAAAUUCACCAGCAUUGGCUAUGUCAAAUUCUCAGUAUGGAAAGAGAAGGAGACAAGCGAUACUAUUGAGAUAAAAUUCGUUAUCGAGGACACUGGAAUUGGGAUUGAAGAAGAUGUGUUGAAGCGUCUCUUUCAACCGUUCAGUCAAGGGGACGCCUCAACAGCUAGAAAGUUCGGAGGAACAGGACUAGGUUUGACAAUAUCAAAGAAUCUAGUCGAUCUUAUGCGUGGAAGGAUAACAUUGGAGUCUACCAUUAAUUGCGGCACAACCGCAACUUUCUGGAUACCAUUCAACAAGCCGCAGACUCCACAAAGAGACGCCCUCGUCGAUAUCAGCCGUCUGCCUGAUCGAUUGCAGUCUGAAAUGAGCGUCUCAUGUAACAGUUCAGAACAUGAACAUUUUCUAGGAACGCCACCUCUCGAUUCAUUACAGAAGCCAAUAGAUAAGCCAAAACGACACCGGGGAAGGAGACCUGCUAAUUUAAUGUCACCAUUUACUUACGAUAAUGAAGACAUGCCGAGAGCGGAACGUGCCAAGAUUCAGAUUCUUGUAGUCGAGGAUAAUGCGGUCAACCAACAGAUUGCCACGAAGACUAUCAAGAAACUUGGCUUCAAGGUUUGCGCGGCCUGGAACGGGAAGGAGGCUCUUGAUUAUCUCCAAGGGUGUAGGGAAGGCAAAUUAACUAAACCGGAUAUUAUCUUAAUGGACGUCCAGAUGCCAGUGAUCGAUGGGUAUAAGUGCACGCAUAUACUGCGUCAUCACGUACCAUAUAAGGCCUAUGCUCAUGAUGUGCCCAUCGUGGCCAUGACCGCUUCGGCCAUCCAAGGGGACAAGGAAAAGUGUACGAAGGCAGGUAUGGAUGAUUAUCUAUCCAAGCCUGUCAAAAGCAAUACGCUCGAGAGAAUGUUGGUGAGAUGGAGCAAAACCCGCCGGAAAGCAGAUUCGAUGUCAUCAUCCUCUGCAAACCCAUCCAUCUCUGACUGCUCUGAAUCUGCGAGCCAUUGUGUGAGUGCGGACAUACCGACGCCAGCUACGUUUGGCUUCACCAGUGCCUACCAGAAUCCGAAAACGCCGGAUGAGAAUCCAACUUUGGAUGAUGCGGAUAGUAACGGGGAUGAUGACCGUACGAAUCUGCUCACGCCUAGACCAAUCACGACCAGGAACGGUUCACACGAGAUGACCACUUUCCCUUUUGGCAUAUCCCAGCCGUCGAGGCAGCUCGACAGCGAUGAGCUGGCUAUGCAGCUAAGAGAUGAUAAGCUCAUCGACGCUGCUGACGGCAUCAAUAACAAGAAUCCUACCAAAUCAUCUAUGUCACAUGCCCUUUCCGAAGGCGAUUCCCUUACGGAAGAGAACGUGCAGAAAUUAGAACAAGUGGGAGUGAGAGGGUCGCCUUUGCGGAAGCCGUCACGGUGA